AUGUUUGUGGAUAUUGGUUUCUUCGAUCGUGUGAUUAUGAUAGGGAAAUUGCGCCUCUUCGGUUCUCGUGGAUAUGUAGGUAGGCUUGGAAACCGCAUCCAAAAAGGAAAAGCUGCGGUAAGGUUAGCAGAUGUAUUUCCCUAUAUUCUGUCACCUUAUGUGUAGAACCACAAUCCCCCCUCCUUUGACCCCAUCCAGGAAUCUAUCCAGCUCUUCCUUAUCGAGUCUGAUUCUGAAGGAAACCCUGUACGUACAGCAUAUACAAUCACGGCCGAAAAAACCGUCCCAGCAACUGCUGCUCCAUCCUUUGGAUCCGACGUUGAUCCCAUCAUCGAGUGA